CGCGCGUGAGCGAGGUCCGGUCUGUACUACUUUUUUUUUUUUUUUUUUUGUGCAUGAGUAGCUGCGUAAGAGUGGUGUGCUCGCUGCGUGAACUCGCGGCGCCUGCGUGACGGUCACGGUGACGGUUUGUGGUGGUGGAGCUGCUGCUGCUGCGGGUGGGGGCCGCGCGGCCGCCGCACACUUGAGCAGGCGGGGAGAGGAGCGACGCUUUCCGGCCGCCAGGCUCCGGAGUGCAGCGAGCACGCAGCGCAGGAGGGGGGGGGGAGUAGGUGGCGGACCCUGCCGCGAGCCGAGGACGACACUGGAGGAGAGAACCACUCAGAACCGACAGCCUGCCCUGCCACCGUCGCCAGACAGACAGGAAUGUUGGCAGGCCCUGAAGGCGGACACAUUUGGACCCGCGGCGCCGUAGCCCAGCAGAACGCUUGCCCUCCACCCGCAUCAAGAAACCAAGGCGGCGCAAUAAGCUCCGCCUCUUCCUCCAUGUAGAUCUACGUCCUCCGCUGAGUGCAUUCGGGUCGUGUGUCUGGAGGCGCUUGUCAAUGGGUCGCAGCACCUGCUGACCGACCGCGGCUUGUUGAAGGCGCUUGCCUCGAAUGAGGACCGUGAGGCGAGAGGCUCGCAGGACGAUGAUUCCGCAUGAAGCACGACGCACUCGGCCCCCCGUCGUCCACGACGGCAGCAGCAGGUGUGAUGUCGUGACGCUCUCGAACUCACCCUAGAGUCGUCACCCUCGUAAAUUCCAAUCGUACCUUGACCCCCUUUUUCCCCCCCGUCACCCUUAAGGUUAGACAACAAAGAGGAGUGUGCAAAGUGAAAACGAAAGCCCAAAGAAGAUUAGAUAAAGGAAAAGUAAAGAUCAAGAACAUACUUGAGCAAGGAUCAGGAUGAAGUCCAAUCAUGAACGGAGUAAUGAAUGUCUUCCCCCAAAGAAGAGGGAGAUCCCCCCCAGCACGGUUCCAUCGGAAAGCCAUUGCCCUAUCGCUCCGCCCCCCACCGUCGAGCCCCAGCCCCCGGGGAACCUCGCCUGGUUCGUGGCCGGCGGGAGUGGCAGCGCCACGAGCGUCCCUCGUAGCGCCGCCCAGUCGGACGCCGCUCUGUAUAAAUCCUCCGCGUCCGACUCCAUGAGACUCGUCUCGUCCCUUCCCGCCGUCUACACCUCGCCUCAGACUCACGUGGGAGGGACGCUCCACUACGCCCAACUGCCCCCCAACGUUCAGUUCAUCACUUCGCCCUACAGCGCCCCAUACGCCGGUUACAUCGCCCCUCAGCUUCUUCCGCCUCCCCCUCCGCCUCCCUCCCUCUCCUCUUCCACCUCUCAGAGAUUGUCGUCGCUCCCCGAGAAGCACGCCACCAAAUACGAUCAACCUCGAGCAUCCAUCCGGUACGCCUCCGCCAUGCCCCCACCUCACACCUCCUCCCUGCAGCCCCAUCACACCCAGGGCGCGCACUACACGGAUGUCAGUAGUGCCAGAAAAGAGGAUGGCGGCGCAGGCUCCAAAGAGCUUCACAACGGUGGACUGGAGCCGAGUCGGAAGUUCGGGGUCACGCCGGAGAAAGCGGUCAAAUUGCGCGACGCCUACGAGGCCUGCCAGCUGGUUCUCCCGUCAGACUACGCUCACGACCCCUUGGCUCUGAGAACCUCCGUCAUGCUCAUGCCCAACAGCCACGGGGACCCCCAGGUGGCACCAUCCCGGGGCAGCCCUCGGAAGACGCACCUGGAAAAAGGCAGCAUCCUCCUGGGAAAACCGGUCAACCGCACCCCUUUGUCGUCCAACCACUCUUUUACAUUUCCGUCGCCCUUAGGUGUAGACAAUCUGAAAGCUUCUUUCAGCACCCUGUCGCCACAGACCGUUAUACAGACCACUCACAACUCUACGGUGGAACCUCUUUCCGUGGGGGUGCAUCCCAGCAAUAUCUACCCUCAGACUCCGGUGAUUGGUUACAUAGCGGAAGCCAGCGGCAGCCAACAUGCGCCAAUCAGCUACCAUACCAGCCUACAGCAACAUGUGCUCAUUGCAGGAGCCCAGCCGGUCAUCAUCCCGGUCAGCGGCAGUGGCGCGUCGACCUUGGAGCCACCCGCAUCCCAGGUGGUGACGUCCUCUCCCCAGGCCUACGGUGGAGAAACUCCAGACAAUCCCGGUAGCUCAUGCCACCAGGUCACCUCAGGCACGGUGGUUCAGGCCCAGCUCCACCUGCCCGUGGUUCCGUCGAUGGCGCCCGCUCCCCUGUCAGGCGGUGCGGCGGCGGCUCCACCGUCUCUGCCGGCGUAUUUCUUCAAAGGAUCCAUUAUCCAGCUGGCGGACGGUGAGCUGAAGCGUGUGGAGGAGCUGAAGAUGGAGGACUUCAUCCAGAGCGCCGAGAUCAGCAGCGAGCUGAAGAUCGACUCGUCCACGGUGGAGCGCAUCGACAGGAGCUGCUCCUCGCCUAACUUUGCCAUCGUUCAGUUUUCCGUGGGCGAGCACCGUUCACAGGUGAGUGUAGAGGUCUUGGUGGAGUAUCCCUUCUUCGUUUUCGGCCAGGGAUGGUCGUCAUGCUGCCCGGACCGGACCGCCCGACUCCUGGAGCUGCCUUGCACCAAGCUCUCAGUGGGCGAUGUUUGUAUUUCGCUCACCCUCAAGAAUCUGAGGAACGGAUCCCUGACCAAGACUCACCUGCCGGAGCCGGUCCCCGCUUCCUUAGCCCUAGCCCCCAGCCACGGGUACCUCCUCGACGCCUCCAAGACAGUCUCCGGCGUCCCCCAGAGCAGUGCUGGACGAGGCUCCAGGCAUGGGGAGCAAGAGAACGGCGUAGUGGCUGUGGAAAACGGGGAUCUCGGCUUCAGCGAAAGGGCGUCUUUUUUGAAGGAAGACCCCAGGAAGCCAACCAGCAGCAACAGCAGGAAGCGCAGAUGGUCAGCCCCCGAGUGUCGGAAAGUGGAAAAACCAGAGGAACUGCCCUUGACCUUGGUCAAACCGACUUUUAUCCCCCACGAGGUGAAAGUCACCAUCGAGGGAAGAUCGAAUAUUGGCAAGUGAAGACUCCAAGAAAAUUUGAGAUUUCUUGCAAAACCAUGGAUGCGCACUUUCUUUGGUUUUCUUUUUAUCAUGAAUACCGUACGGUCGAGACGGCGAUGCUCAACAUGUUAUCGCAUUAUUAUUAGUCGUGUAGUCCAACACAAACAAUCUUUGCAGUUUUUUGGACGGCGUUCAUAGGAUCUGGUCAAAGUGCAGUAGCUGGUGUGGCGCAAGCUAGCUCAUCGCGCGUUAGCAUGAGUUGGUAACCUUGUUGAGAGGGGGCGCGGGGGGGGGGGGGCGACAAUGCUUUUUUUUUCGCCUCGUUAGCUUAGCGUUUUAGCCUCGCGGCUGAGUUUUGAUCCUCCUUGUGUCUCACCAGUUUUCAAUGAUUGUUCAACAAACCUCAAUCAGGGGUUUUAAAAAGUGGGCGGCGGAACUGUGACAGGUCAACGUUGGUUUUAUAAAAUAGAUAUCAAACUUUGUACAAGUGCAAACACACUGGGGGCGGCGAAAGUUCGUGUUUGGUGAUAAAAUUUUACUUUAUAUUUUUGUAACAAAAUUGAAAGAGAGGCUGUCUGAGAGCAUUUUGGUUUUGUUUUAUUUUUUUAACGCAGUACUGUACUGUAUGUUUGUCAGAGGGUAGGGGGGAGUAACAAGUAGCAGCAGCAGCAGCACUUUGGCGAGCGAAGCAGGGGGCCGUUUUUUGGGGGGGAGGGGGCGGGCGGUCCCGUCGAUGUGCCUCAAAGGAAAUCGAAACGCAAGUGGCGAGGAAUUAAUGAAUUUUUGUGACGAAAAGCUCGUGGUGGGGCGAGUUUUGAAGGCUGUCUUUGUAUUUGUGUGCAAAAUAUCUGUCAACACACACACACACACACACACACACACACACACACACACCCACACAGACACACACACGUCAACACAAAACAGUCCAAGCCAUCCCUGUAAUUUGAUGUAUUUGUAGUGCGGGUGUAUGGAAAAGUUUCUUCUGUUUUUGGUGCGUUUUGUCCCCCGGCGGACUGCAAUUUGAACGUCUUGCACACUCGUAGUUGAACAGUACAGUUGCACAGUGCUAUGUGGUGUGUUUGUGUAAGACUUUAUGUAUACCGUGUAUAGACAAAUAAUACACUCAUUUCAUAAAUAGAAAAUAUGUAAGUCAAGCGAGAGAACGAGAGCGAGUGACAAUGUCCAGCGUUUCCACUUUGGAAUCUUUGAAAGAGAAUCUUGCUGUUUGCACAUCAGGAGGAAAGAAGGAGUUUGCAGUAUGCAGAAGAUGUUUUUUGUUUUUUUUUUUGUGGGUGGACCCUGUUUUCUUCGAUCAGACAGAAACACUGGAGCAUCCCUAAAUCUCUUAAUCAUUCAUGUCUAUUUUAUGCAGUGGUGCCUUGAUAUACAAGUUUUCCCGUGUUAGAAGCUGUUAGGUGGCUACAUGUGUCUUUAGGGCCAACAUAGAAGCCCUCUGGGGGUGCUACAUGCCUCGCCCCUUUAUUUAAGAUAAUAUAAGAAAUCGUUUAUUAGUCUCGCAAUGGAGAAAUUCCCAAUUCACAGCAGCAAAGUUAUGAAAGGAAGAAGUACAAGAACAAAAUACAGGAUUUGACUCCCCUUUUUGCGUGCUGUGCGCUAAACAAGCUAGCAGCCACCUAGCUGUUAAUCCUGGGGAACCUAUUUGGCACCUUGAAGUCAGCCUGGUUAGCAAUGUCAGGAAAGCUGUCUUGGGUGGAAUUUAAGGGCAAACAUAAUGAUUGUGUUACCCCAUUUUUGGCUCUUCUUACUAGCCUUGUUCACUAAACAAGCUACUGGUCACCUUGGAUGUAACCUGCGCACGCAUGGAGUUAUUUUGGGCGCAACCCAAAGUGUGUGGAUCGAGGGAGGGACCCGCCUUGCUCCAAAAGGGAAGGAAGGUAUCCAGGCGAAACCCCCUGGGAAAACCUUUGGAGGAAUUCCUGAGAUAGACAUUAGCCAACCUUGCUAGCUACCCAGAGGGCAACUUUUGGGCAACCAAGUGACUACUUGGGGGAAACUUAGUUGGUUUUCUAGGGGUCAACCAGGCUUUGGGAACAACCUGGAAGUAAGCUAGGGGUUAACUUGAGAGAGAGUUUGGGGGAAACCUAACAGGCACUGGCAGGUUGUGCUCAUUAGCACCUUGCCUUGCUUCACUUUUAGCGUUUGGUUUUGGGCUUGUCGGGUAAACAAGCUAGCAGUGGUGAUAGCAAGUGCAUGGGUGGAUACUGAGUGGAGGUUGAUGAGGAAGAUGAUAACGUGCUUGGUGGAUGCGGAGUGCAUAUGUAUGAGAUUCUGAAGAUGCUUUAUUUUGUCAUGCUAAAAAAAAAAACAAAAAAAAAAAAAACAGGGUUCCACAUUAUUUUCCACCGAAACCUCACAAUCACAAGCGGAAGUCAUUUGGGAUGUGUAUUGUGUCUUGAGAGCGUACGACGUAUUUUUGUGAACCUCUCCACUGGAACACCGAACCCAACCAAUCAGCCUCUUGAAACCUCGAAAACUUUUUACUCUUCUUCAGGUUUAAAAUACACACAAUGUAACUAACGGAGCCAAAGCCAAGUCAUUCUUGCAUUGCUGUGGUUACCUAAGAAAGCAAUACCAUGCACUUUGCAUGUGUACGAGUGUGUUACGUACACACACACACACGCACACUCACACACACACACACACACACACACAGACACACACACACAAUCAUUCCGGUAGUGUAGUUGGCAAUAAACAUUUCUUUAGAGAUCCUCCAGCAACCAAAACCCUCAUUGGAAAAAAA